UCAAAGACAACACUGGACAAAAGCAGUGGAGUCCGUGAGCCAGCAUGCCGAUAGACUUCCCCCGUUCCCCACGCCUGUCCCUAAUCUGCAUGCAGACAACUCCAUUGUGGAUAUUUGGAUGUCCUCACCAUAGCAACAGAGCUGCAAAACCGUGCUGUACAACCUCUCAUCACACACAGUCGUGCCUAGGCAUCGCACGGCACGCGGCAGCCAGACGAAAGGGAGAUAAUAAGAGGAAAAGGAGAGCUGGGAAGAGGACACCGCUGCCUUGCACCUAAUUCUCUGUGGGAAUUCUCCUCAUUAGGACCAUGACAGCUCAGUUACAACGGCUCCGAAGUGCCAAGGGUCAUGUUCACAGCCGCCGGUCGAGCAGUCAUUCCUGCGCUCAGCUGAGAGACAAAUGGAGGGAUGCAACAAUUUCACUCUUUGCUCACCGUGACAGAGCCUCUCUAUGCUGAAUCCUUUUGUGUCAGACCACCAGGCUUCGAUCAAACGUGGGUUAAUUGCGAGAGAGCGGCUGGAAGAGCACCCCUCCUCUUCCACACUGCCAGUCUGUCCGUGCCUCUGAUUUUCCACUCAUUCUGCCUCUCUGGUCUCUGUUUACCUCUGUCUGCUGAUUUCUCCACCCCUUUCUCUCAGUCUCUCAUUAUUUUGCACUCCCUCCCACAGCUCGCUAUCUCUCCUCCCCUUGUGCCUUCAUAGCCAGCAGUCUGCUCAUCACUCCAGGGCUGCUUGCUACAUGAUCUCUUGGAAAACAACGUUCGCGUCUUGCUCAAGCCACUCCAUGUGCAAGCCUUAAGAUUUCUUGCCCAGGAAGGCAGGAUGUUUCUGCGCUGGCACUGAUUCCUCUAUUUCUCUUCUCAAUUUCCCUUUCCCCUCCCCUUUCCUAGUCUCCUGCCCUCUGACCCUCAUCCCUUUACCCCUGACCCCAUUCCCUCUCUUUGCCCCGUCUUUCUUGACCAUGUUGCCAUGUGUCUGCCGGCUCCAGCCUGUCCUUGCUUUGUUCUUCUUCACUUUGUUCACUCAAGGGGAAAACUGUCCAACAACCUGCCUUUGCCCAGACCCUCACACUGUGGACUGUAGCGGGCGCGGACUUACCCGUCUCCCAGACGAGAUCCCCUUAGAUGUGCGGAGGCUGCUGUUGGCGGACAACUGGAUCCCACGGAUUCCUUCAGAUUUCCUCGUGCUCUACAGUGACCUGGUCUACCUGGACCUCCGCAACAACUCGCUUUCACACAUCGAGCCGGGCACACUUAGCACUUCGUCCAGGCUGGUUUUCCUGGACCUCGGUUGCAACAACCUGACCGAGAUCCCCAAAGGGACUUUUGGGGAGUCACGGAGCUUAAUUAAGUUGCGCUUAGGGAACAACCCAUAUUUGAGCAUGGUCAACGAAGAUGCUUUCAUAGGUCUUACCUCCUUGCGUGAACUAGAACUAGAACGCAAUGCCCUGUCUGGGCUACAGGUGGGUGCCCUGAGCCAACUGCCCUCCCUCAGGGUAGUAAGGUUAGAGGGCAACCCUUGGGUGUGCAACUGCAACUUUGCGAAUCUGUUCACCUGGCUGGUGGAAAACAGUCACAAGCUGCCCAAAGGUAUAGAGGGUAUGGAGUGCUCUUUGCCCACUGAUGGACGGCGUGUGCCUCUCAGCCAGCUCUCCCAGGACAGUUUUCGGGAGUGCCAGAUCACCCUCACCCUCACCGAUUUCUUCAUCAUCAUUUUCUCGGGCAUCUCCGUCUCAGUGGCCGCCAUCAUGGCCAGCUUCUUCCUGGCGUCCACCGUCCACUGUUUUCAGCGCUGGAGCAAGGGCACUAAAGGAGACGAAGAGGAGAGCGAAGAAUGAGGAGGGAGGUUAGAGCUGAAUGACCUUCAGUAUGAUUCAGAGCUGCCAGCUCCUGACAAGAGCUCAAACAAACAGCACGACUGAACAGACACCAGGUAGAACUUGGCAGAAAUUACCUGGUCACUAACAAAGUGGCCAGUAUGGACACAGUACCCUCAAAAUCAAAGGAUAUUUGGUCUGAAAGCAAGCCUUAGUACGCAGACUUCCAGGGAUUAAGUUGUUUGAGGAAAUUCUUUGAGAUCUUGUCCUGCAGUAGAGAUUUCAGUGUCGUUGAAUCCCCGUGUCCGUAGAGUUUCCCUUCAUGUAGUCGUUAUAAAGUUAGCAAAAUAUAACUGUGCUACUUCUUGAUUGUGCCAAAUCAACACAGGUCGACAGCAAUGGUUCAGACAAGCACUGAUAAUCAAUGAUGAGGAAUAAUCGCUAUAUAAGUCAUGCAAGGUGAAGCAGAUGUUGCAACUUUAUACAGCCAAGAAUAUGUGAUAUAGGAUAAGGAUAGGAAACAAUAACUUGAAGAGCUUAGAGGGAUUUCAGAAAGCAUUACCUGAAACUGAAAGUUUAGACUAGAGCUUAAUGUGAAUAGUUGUGUCAAAUACCGCACUUUAAAAUGGCCCUCAAACUACCAGGUACACUGGUUCAUCCCAGAUCUGCCAAAGAACGCUUUGACUGAGGGACUGAGGUUUUGGGUUUAAAAUAUAGAUUUAUUUUUCUUUAAAGAAAGCUUAUGAUCUUAGCAAGAUUACAUUUAUUUAGCGUAAUUAUGGUACUACUCACAUAUAAUGAUACAUAAUAUCCUUAAUGUGACUAAAGACAAUAUCUAUGAGAUGGAGAUAAGUACAUGCUACAAAUGUCAUUGUAUUAUUUAGGUAUUCAUGUCUUAAAAGAUUAUAUUUGAAAAAAGCAUACAAACGGCCCAGAAAUGUAUUUGAGCAUUAAAGUCAGACUUAUAUGUUGUAACAAAAUAUCUGAACCAAGCAAAGCACAACAUGUCACAAAUAGAUGCCUGUUUGGUUUAAAAAAAAAAUAAUUAUAUGAUAUAAUAAAAAAAAAAUUAAAUUCAGUCAAGUAAUUAAAUUAAAUGAUGUUUAAAAAUCGGAAAAAUGACCUUGAGACCAUAUGGUAAAAAGCAACACAAAAGUCUCAGAAAUGUGAAAUUUGUACUAAAAAAAGGUUCCACAUUCUUUGUUUGCUAAUGUCACUUUUUUUUCUAACAAAAUGACGUUCACAUGUUUUUAAGUGUGUCUUAAGUGUCUAUGUGUUUUUUUUUGAGGCCACUGUACAUUCACCUGUCUUCAGAUUGCUGUGUCGACUAAUAAUAAUCCAGUGUAUAACUAAUUGCAUACAUUUCUGUUCAUUAUGUCAAUUCCAAAAACAAUUAUUUUGUCAGUAGACUCUGUGGGGGAAUCUGUUUUCGAAUGUCUGAAAAAGAGAUUUGAUUGUUUGUGUUUUCCUUUACGAAUAGUUCUGUCAGUCUUGCUUCUUUCAUGUCCUUAUUUUAAAGGGCUUCAUCUGUUUUUGGAAUUAGGAUCAUGUAUUUUGCACAAGUUCAAGAAUAACGUUCAUUAAUAUUCUAAUGUCUAUCGCCAUCCUCUGUUCCACUGUUGCUGUCCAUAAACAGAUGCUCUGGAUGUACUAUUUCGAGAAUAUAGCUCUUUUUCCCAGACAGGUAUCACAACAUCAUUUUUGCAGUGGAUGAAUAAUUAAUUGGAUCUGUGCAAUGAAGCACACAGUGUGCUAGCCUUCAGAAAUAUUGGGGAUGGAAAAAGAAAAUGAUUGUGAUUCAAAGACCGUCUUAUUUUAAACUAAUUCUAUUCUGCUCACACAACCUCAGAAAUCAUAUUGUGUUGGAUGUAGGAAGCACAGAUCCAUAUAAAUGUAAUGUAAAUGUUCUGGUGUCAGGACACAUAUGCACAAUCUUUCAAAGCUAGACUGUAGCAUGGUAUCAUCAGCAGAAAUCAAACCUGCAGCUAUAAUAUUGUUAUAUUGAAUGAUUUCAUUUUUUUUUUCCAUAUAUAUACUCAACUAUUCAUAGCUGUUCAACCAACCAGAAAAAAAGACAAAAUGUCUUUGAAUAUGUACAUGCAAAAAAAAUGGUAUUAUUGUUAAAAAUUAAAAUGAUAAACAAAUGCUGUAGACACUUACUAUGCCAUGACAAUAGAGCUGUUUAAUCAUGACAUCAAUUUGUAGGCAGAACUCGGCAUGGUUUCCUGUUGGAAUUUCGAAUGGGUUAAUUGAAUAACAAAAGUAAUAAUAAGGAUGAGAGUAAAUUAUAUGAAUUAGACAUUUAUGUUUGUUCUACAACAUACAAUAUACACAGUCAAACCUCAAAUGUGAAAUUUGCAAAAAAAAAAAAAAAAAGAAAGAAAGAUGUGUUUUAAAGCAUACCGUAAGCUGCAAAGUGGCUAUAAGGAGAAUCGGUUAUAAAUGAAGUAUCUUAUUUGAACUUAUUUAAAUUGUUAAAUCAUAAAUCGAAAACUGCUAACGUAUUUGAAAUUCCUGAGGGAACUCAUGAACCGUAACAGAACAAUAGCUGAUUUUACAUGGAUUUGGUGUGAGAAUUUGCAGAAUAAUGGCAUUUGCAAUGACAAAAUGCAUCAGACUUCUAUAAUCGGUACUUUCCUUCAUUGUCUACAAUAACAAGUAUAAGAUAGCGGGUUCAUUGCUGUACUGUCUGUUUCUGAAUUCAGUAUGUGUUGUUUGAAAAGAACCCAGAGCUCCCAGAGUCAACUGUCACACUGAGCAAUGUAGUAAAGAUUUGUGUUGCAUCAUAACAUGGAGUAUAUUUGUUCUCCGUCUUAACUGAAAACCACAUAUACCUAGAAAACCAACUACUAUGUAGUUUCAGUACAAAGAAUGAAGGGAAAACAUUUAAAUGAGGGAUUUUCUUGCAUGACCCAGUGGCGAAAUCAUCAAGUACUUUGUUUUUUCUUCUCCAUAUGGCAGUGCACUGUUGAUGAAAUACAAUAUCAUAUUAAACAGUAAGCUAUU